AUUGGCUGAUGCUGGGAGGGACAGGGGAGUGACCGCUGCGAUAAGGCAGCCCUGCCCCUUUAAAACAGCCAUAUCGCUGGACUAUCAGCAUGCCAGAGCUUGCGUGCUUGACUUCUCCUCUUCAUCGCCUUCUACACACACUUUAGAAACUAUCGCCGGCUGAGAGAUGACCUCGUGGCUGCCUAUGAUUGGGUUGACGGCGCUGCCGCACGUCGGAGGGCUCUACGGUGGCUUCAUCACGCGCAAAGAGGUGAAGACCUGGUACCCGACGCUGAACAAACCUUCGUGGCGCCCACCAAACGCAGCGUUCCCGGUGGUGUGGACGUGCCUGUACACAGGAAUGGGGUAUGGCUCCUACAUGAUCUGGAAAGAGCUUGGGGGCUUCACUGAGGAUGCCCUGGUCCCACUGGGACUCUAUGGGCUGCAGCUAGCUCUGAACUGGGCCUGGACUCCAAUUUUCUUCGGCGCACACAAGCUGAAAUGGGCCUUGGUGGAGAUCGUGUUCCUCACCGGGACGGUCGGAGCCACCAUGGCGUCGUGGUAUCCCGUCAGCCGCGCCGCCUCCCUGCUCCUCGCUCCCUACCUGUCCUGGCUGUGCCUGGCCACAGCCCUCAACUACCGCAUAUGGAGAGACAACCCAGAGAAAAAGGACGAGUAGAACACCUUGCCGGGUGUUUGUCUCCGUUACUAAACCCGAUUCAGCCACAUUCAAUUCCUUUGCAGCAAUAACCGAUCGGUUUCACAGCUAAGCUUUUCCAGUUUCUGAUUCAGCUUUUGUCAAAAGGUUGAUUAGAUCGGUGUGACAAGCACCUGGUCUAUGUAAUGUUUAUAUGGUGGCUGAAGCACACGUUAAGGAAUCUUACCUGUGGUCCGUUCUUCGUACGUCGCUUAAAACAUCCUAGAUCAAAUGACACAUCCAAGAUGAUUUCAUCCGGCUAAUCAUGAUCCGGCUAA